GGGUGCUAAGGUGAUGGCAUCACCUGAUACUGAGCUCGAUUAAGCAGAGUUGAUCAUACAAUAACGCCCACACCUACCUUUAUCUUCAUCGGUUUAACGUUGAAGCAUCAUAUCCGUUUUUUGAAAGCAAUCAGUUUCGUCACAGGAGCCCAAAGACGGGCUCUAGAAGAAUGUUUAUACACCUUUCACUCGUUCUUGGAAGCUUAACAACCAUUGCUGUCGCAGCUGUUUCACAGGCGAAUGUAAGACCUCCAGUAAUAAUUGUGCCGGGGUUCGGAGGAUCUAGAGCCUACAUAAGAUCGAAAGAGCGGACCGGAGAGCCCUUUAAACAGCUUUGGCUGGACCUCAAAAAUAUAAUCGAUCCAAGUGUACUGACGAAGUUGUUUGAAUUGACACACCUGAACAAUAACCAUCAGUCGCAAGAAAAUGAGAAAUUUGAAAUAAUCUUCCCAGGUUGGGGAGAUACGAGGAACCUGGAAUAUCUGGACGAUUCGAAACACGUUCUAGGUCGACAAUUCAACACCUUUGUGACAUCUUUGGUUAAUACAUCAUUUUACAGACGGAACCUCAGCAUUCGUGGAGCUCCGUACGAUUUUCGUAAAACACCACAUGAAAACAAAAUGUUCAUGAUAAAUUUGAAAAAGCUGAUCGAGCAGACCUACGCAUUGAACGAGAUGACUAGGGUUGCUCUCAUCAGCCAUAGUAUGGGGACUUUGUAUUGUGCGUAUUUUCUACAUUUGCAAACUCAAAGUUGGAAGAAGACUUAUCUGCAAACCUUUAUAGCAAUCAGUGGUCCUUUUGGUGGAGCAGCAAGAACCACAAAAGCAAUUGCUAGCGGGGACAACUUUGGCGUGUCACACUACCCUCCUUUGUCCGUGAGACGAAUGUUGCGAUCUUUUUCAUCAUUGGCUCUUCUUCUGCCAGACGAGAGGCUAUGGUUUUCAAAUGAAACAUUAAUUUAUACUCCAAACUUCAAUUACUCAGUCCACGAUAUGAAACGCUUUUUUGAAGACAUCAAAUUCGCGAGAGGUUAUCACAUGAUGCGAUCGGCCAAAGACAGCUUCGACUACCUCAAGGGACCCACUGGAGUGGACAAUGUCUAUUGCAUCCACGGAGCAGGAAUACCCACAAUCGAGCGCGUUGUUUACAAGCCGCAUACUUUAUUGAGUUUGCCAUUUCCGGAUCAAAGCCCGGAACUUGUGUAUGGAGAAGGUGAUGGAACAGUGAAUUUGCGCAGCCUAUCACAAUGCGCUAAUUGGACGGGCGUGCAUUACACACAAAUCCCCAAGGCGCAUCAUACGCAUAUACUCAAGGACCCGCGAUUAUUGAAAUUGAUGAAAAAAAUACUUCGCAUUUCGACAUAGAGAGCGAUAGGUCAGCUGGCGAUAAAUGAAACAAGACAACAUACAACAUUCCUCUGUGUCGAGCAGAAUAACAACUAGAACAUCAAAUAGUAUCGUUCUGCUAUUACUAGUUACUUGCACGAAAAUUCCCUGAUUAAUGUUAACCUACUGACCGAAACAUAACUUUUUUGUGCAGCUUUUUG